CUCCCAAACCAGGUCCAUCGGAAGUCUGUUAAGAAAGGAUUUGACUUCACCCUCAUGGUUGCAGGAGAGUCUGGACUGGGGAAAUCCACCCUGGUGAACAGCCUCUUUCUGACGGAUCUGUACAAGGAUCGCAAAUUCCUGAAUGCAGAAGAACGGAUCCUGCAGACGGUGGAGAUCACCAAGCACGUUGUGGACAUUGAGGAGAAAGGCGUGAAGCUCCGCCUGACCAUCGUGGACACGCCUGGCUUUGGGGACGCCGUGAACAACACGGAAUGCUGGAGACCGGUGGCCGACUACAUCGACCAGCAGUUUGAGCAGUACUUCCGGGACGAGAGUGGCCUCAACCGGAAGAACAUCCAGGACAACCGCCUGCACUGCUGCCUCUACUUCAUUUCGCCCUUCGGCCAUGGGCUGCGGCCCCUGGACGUCGAGUUCAUGAAGGCCGUCCACCAGCGCGUGAAUAUCGUUCCCGUCUUGGCUAAAGCAGACACGCUGAUGCCCUGUGAGGUGGAUCGGAUGAAAACCAAGAUCCGUGAUGAAAUCGAUCAGUUUGGGAUCCGGAUCUACCAGUUCCCGGACUGCGAUUCAGACGAAGACGAGGACUUCAAGCUGCAGGACCAAGCCCUCAAGGAGAGCAUCCCUUUUGCUGUGAUCGGCAGCAACACGGUGGUGGAGGCCAAGGGCCGUCGGAUCCGUGGGCGGCUGUACCCGUGGGGUGUUGUGGAAGUGGAGAACCCCGCGCACUGUGACUUCGUCAAGCUGCGCACCAUGCUGGUGAGGACCCACAUGCAGGACCUGAAGGACGUGACGCGGGAGACGCACUACGAGAACUACCGGGCGCAGUGCAUCCAGAGCAUGACCCGCCUGGUGGUGAAGGAGCGCAACCGCAACAAACUAACCAGGGAAAGUGGGACGGACUUCCCCAUACCGGCUAUCCCGCCCCUGCCAGACAAUGAGACGGAGAAGCUGAUCCGGGAGAAGGACGAGGAGUUGCGGCGGAUGCAGGAGAUGCUGGAGAAGAUCCAGCGGCAAAUGGAAGACUCUCACUAGCCGCCUGC